AUGGCUCGACUGGGAGCAUGGUUGCUGACGGCCGUCAUGGCCACACUGGCAAUCAACUCCGCGGUAGCCACCAACUGCUCAGCUGCCGACGCGACCCGAAACUGCAUCGACGGUCUUGUCGUGCCCAUCUGGCGACCAUUUCUCGACCUGAGCGCCGGAGACAAGAUCAUCCGUGGUCUAAUCUACUUCAUCGUUAUUGCCUACUGCUUCUUAGGCGUAUCAAUUGUGGCUGAUCGUUUCAUGAGCAGUAUCGAACCGGAUGGAGGUGGUGGAGUAAUACGUGGCAUCAGUAAUAAAAUGCACGGUCUGGAGAUCUAA